UUAACACAACAACCUGCACAACCUGAACCACAGAAUUCAGCAGACAUAUCGAGACACAAAAAAAGAGGCGACCCCUGGACCAGCGCGAGGGACCCACCCGCAAGAUGACGGAGACCACCAAGACCCACGUUAUCUUGCUUGCCUGCGGCAGCUUCAAUCCCAUCACCAAAGGGCACAUUCAGAUGUUCGAAAGAGCCAGGGAUUAUCUGCACAAAACUGGAAGGUUUAUUGUGAUUGGUGGGAUCGUCUCUCCUGUCCAUGACUCCUAUGGAAAACAGGGCCUUGUGUCAAGCCGACACCGUCUCAUCAUGUGUCAGCUGGCCGUCCAGAAUUCCGACUGGAUCAGGGUGGACCCGUGGGAGUGCUAUCAGGACACCUGGCAGACAACCUGCAGUGUGCUGGAACAUCAUCGGGACCUCAUGAAGCGGGUGACUGGCUGCAUCCUCUCCAAUGUCAACACACCCUCCAUGACGCCUGUGAUCGGACAGCCCCAAAAUGAGACCCCUCAGCCCAUUUACCAGAACAGCAAUGUGUCCACCAAGCCCACUGCAGCCAAGAUCUUGGGGAAGGUGGGAGAAAGUCUAAGCCGGAUCUGCUGUGUCCGCCCACCAGUGGAGCGCUUCACCUUUGUGGACGAGAAUGCCAAUCUGGGCACGGUGAUGCGGUACGAGGAGAUUGAGCUGAGGAUCUUGCUGCUGUGUGGCAGUGACCUGCUGGAGUCCUUCUGCAUCCCGGGGCUCUGGAAUGAGGCAGAUAUGGAGGUGAUUGUGGGGGACUUUGGGAUUGUGGUGGUGCCCCGGGACGCAGCUGACACAGACCGGAUCAUGAAUCACUCCUCAAUACUCCGCAAAUACAAAAACAACAUCAUGGUGGUGAAGGAUGACAUCAACCAUCCUAUGUCUGUUGUCAGCUCAACCAAGAGCAGGCUGGCCCUGCAGCACGGGGACGGCCAUGUCGUGGAUUACCUGUCCCAGCCGGUCAUCGACUACAUUCUCAAGAGCCAGCUGUACAUCAAUGCCUCGGGCUAGCAGCCACACGGCGCUGGGCUCCACUCUCCCCUCGUCCUCCGCCAACACACUGGCCCCACCAGUCUCUGUCAGCCCCUCGUUUUCCUCUCUGUUUCUCCGUCUCCUCAUCCUGACUGUUCUCCCCACUUGCUGACUCAACCCUCCACGGUGUGGGGGCCUGCAGAGAACCACGGCACACCCUAUUCAGCAGUCAU